AUGGAUGAAAUGACCGCGUCAGGAUUUUAUGGCUAUAGUAUUCGUUCUAAAGAACUACAUAAUGAAGUUUCUAAAAGCCUUAAAGUGGAAUAUCUAUCAGAUUCUCAUACAAACGAAGUGAAACAAGUAAAUGGAAUUAUAUUUGGACCUACUAUUAAACCUAUUGUCUCUAUGCCGGUAACAAUCAAUCAAACAACAAAGAAUGUACACUUUAUUAUCGUUACAGGAACUUUUAAUACGUAUAUCUGCGAAGAAGUUUUUAAUUCAUUCAAAGUAACAAGUCCCGACCCAGGCCAUUCUUAUCGUGCGCUUGUCAACAACAAAUCAACAUUGGUACUCUUACCACCCGCCAACUUAUGGUUCUCAAAUGUAAACGUUAUUGGAACAGAAUAUCUAACGACUUACUGUUCUGAACUACGUAUAGACAGUAGUAAUAAUCUAGUUACUAUAUCCAUGGUUGAAUAA